GCGCCCAACAUGGCGGCUCCCAGCGGCCGCCGGCCGCAGCCCGCGGGGCCGGGCGGGGGCAGCGGGGCCGGGCCCGGGGCUCUGCGGGGCGCCGAGGAGGACGCCGAGGGUCUCUACGUGGCGGUGGAGCGGUGCCCGCUCUGCAACACCACGCGCCGCCGCCUCACCUGCGCCAAGUGCGUGCAGAGCGGCGACUUCGUCUUCUUCGACGGGCGCGACUCCGAGAGGUUUUCAGACAAGAAAGAGAGGCUUAUGCAUCUUAAAACCAAACAGAGAGAAUUCCAAAAACAUGUUUUGAAGGCCAUGGAAGGGAAAGAAAUAACUGAUCAGCUGAGAUGGAAAAUAAUGUCUUGCAAGAUGAGGAUUGAGCAGCUGAAACAGACCAUUUGCAAAGAAAAUGAUGAAAUGACAAGACACACAGAGGGGCUGCUGAGGAUCAAAGAGGAGAACCAGAAGCAUUAUCGCAGGGCACAGAGGCACCAGGAGAAGAAGGAGAAGAUCCAGAAGCACAACAGGAAGCUGGGAGACCUGGUGGAGAAGAAAACCUACGACCUGAAAACGCAGUACGAGCACCUGGCAAACCUGCGGCGGACGCACAUCCUGGAGCUGACCUCGGUCAUCUUCCCCAUCGAAGAGGUGAAGACAAGCAUGAGGGACCCUGCAGAUGUGUCCUCAGAGAGUGACAAUGCCAUGACCUCCAGCACUGUGAGCAAGCUGGCAGAAGCACGGAGAACCACGUACCUGUCCGGGAGGUGGGUGUGUGACGACCACAACGGGGACACCAGCAUCAGCAUCACGGGGCCCUGGAUCAUCCUCCCCAACAACGGGGACUACUCAGCUUACUACAGCUGGGUGGAGGAGAAGAAGACUACACAGGGACCUGAUAUGGAACAUAAUAACCCUGCUCAUACCAUCAGUGCUGCAUUGUGCUAUGCAACUCAGCUUGUUAACACUUUGUCUCUCAUACUUGAUGUAAAUCUUCCCAAGAAGCUCUGCAACAGUGAAUUCUGUGGAGAGAAUCUCAGCAGACACAGGUUCACACGGGCAGUGAAGAAGCUGAAUGCUAAUAUCCUUCACCUCUGCUUCUCUCAGCAUGUAAAUUUAGAUCUGUUGCACCCCCUGCAUACCCUCAGGAACCUCAUGUACCUGGUCAGCCCAGACACCAAGAACUUGGGCAGGUCUGGCCCCUUUGAAAUCAGCGCUGACCUGGAGGACUCCAUGGAGUUCGUGGAGCCCAGCGCGGCGGGCGAGACGGACGAGAGCGGCGACGAGCACGUGAGUGACGAGGAGACGGACCUGGGCACGGACUGGGAGAACCUGCCCAGCCCCAGGUUCUGUGACAUCCCCUCGCAGCAGGUGGAGAUGCUGCAGAGCCAGAGCACCCAGGUGUCCCAGCCCAUCGCCAGCAGCAGCGCGGGCGGGAUGAUCUCGUCCGCCGCCGCCUCGGUCACCUCGUGGCUCAAGGCCUACACCGGGCACCGCUAGCGGGCACAGGGGGCUGUGCCAGGAACCCCUCCCCGACUGUGCUGUAGUCAACCUUUACCUGUUCAGUUAAGUAGUGCCUGGAACAAAGGAAAGGUCAGACUUGCAUUUUGUAAACCGGAGAAAACCUUUUUAUUUACCCAAGACGACUGUGACGGCCCCGUUUUGUAAACGAGCUCCGUGCUCCCCACGGAUUCCGCGAGGUCUCGGUUCUGUCUGCAUCGAGGAUUGUGAAAGGACCCAGCAACCUCCAGCUCUACUUUCUGAAGAAGAAACAGAUUUUGGAGCGUUUGGAUUGGGGUGAGCGCAGGGAAGGCUGCUCAGGGCGCGGUCUGGACAGUGGUGCAAAUGCAGUUCCCACUUUCUUAACUCCUUACAGGGUUUUCCUUUGUGUGUGUGUUUUAAAUCUGUCUUGCAUAAUGCAAAAAUGCGUAUUUCUAAAUUUUUUUCAUUCAGGACAUGAAAAUUAUGCAUUUUUAACAUGUUUUCUAAUCUCUGUUGCCAUAUUUUUAAUACAAAUGAUCAGCAUGGACAGGGAAUUCACACAGCAAAUUGCUCUUGGUUUAGAUUUGGUUGUGAAUCUUUACCCAGUUUUGCCAUAGAAAACUGGCUCGUUUCAUGCUGUUUCCACUGGUAGGUGUAGAAGUUUUGUGUUGUGCUGAGGCACACAGGCUCUGUGCUCUUUAAUACCAUACACCAAAGAAACACUGGACAUUCUCUUGCUAGACCCACAUUCGAUGCUGAUACAGAAUUGCAUUGUUGCAAUAAUAUCCAUCGGUUACCACACCACGUUGCCACUUUUUAGCAUUAGAAAAACCUCAUUUCAUGCUAAUUUGGUGAAGUCACGCGCUCUCCACACUACAUGUUUUUAACCCUAUUUUAUUGUAUGUUCUUGGUGGGGUUUGUUGUUUACUGACUGCUAAGCUGGUUUGGUUUCCCUGGCACAGCUGGCUCGUGGAUCCCCAGGAGGUGGGCGCUGAACGGUGACUCGGUGAGCCAGGGCUCCUUCUCUUCCUCUGCCUUGCAGGACGGGGCACCCACGGGGGGUUUGCUCAGCAGAGCUUCCAACGUUUACAUUUAGAGCUGGGACAGUUCCUCCACAGGGCCAGCCAGGGAAGAGCCUCCUGCCCUCCCUGCACGAGGGAGGAUUUCUGGCACUGCCCCGCAGCUUGUGGGGACACGGCUCCUAACGAGGAGCGGUGACAGAGGGCACAUUCCUGCCCGAUCCCAGCUUUCCCAGCCUCCUCACACGGUGUGCUGUGGUGGAUUUCUCUGUUCCUCUCCAGGCUGGCCAGCGCUGCCUCUGUCCCCAGCCAGGAGGGGUGGGAAGCCAGGUGUGGCAGUGACACCUGUGUGCCCCAUGCCAGGGGUCUGGCUGGACAUUGUGUCACCCACCCCUCCACAGCAGCUUCAGCCCUGAGCUUGGGCAUCUCUUGUCAGCAGUUUCUUCCAAUUUUUUCUUUUUUCUUUUUUUUUUUUUAAACCAAAGACCCUUAACUCUGCUCACGUUGUCAGCCAACACCACCCUCGCUCCUGCCGCUCCUCUGCUCUAAGAGUUGGGUUUGUUUUAGGAGAACAGCCCAGGCCCCUGGGCUGCUGCAGCCCGAGGGGGUCAGUGCCCCCAGCCCCGCUGCCAGGCCCAGCCCGGGCCUUUGGGCUCUGUGGCUCACAGCACUUUAUCACUCACAGCUCUGAGCAACCAGCACACGCCAGUAUUGGAAACUGGGCUCACAGCCCAGCCCCUUCUGCUUCCCCAUGGAUUUUGCACUGGACCUCGCCAUCUAAAAACCUUUUUUUGGUUGUUUUUUAACAGGAAUUUCAGUCCCUUUUUCAUUGCUGCCUUUGCGCUUUGAGCUCCGGAAGGUCAGGCCAUGACUCAGCCUCGUGCACUGUCACUGAACUUAGGGAAAGAAAAUCCAACACAAUAACUUUUCUAAGCCAUAUAUUUCAUAUCCAUGUUUUCCAAAAUAAUUUAUUUCCAACCCUGUCAUACUCUGAGAGUGCACAAGGGCACUGUGAGGGUGUUCAGAUGUGUUAAGAGAGGGCUUUUCAUGGAACCUUUUUUUGUAACAGAACACAAGGUUGUGGUGGGGUUUUUUUUUAAAGUGUUUUGCACAUGUGUAGCUGAGGAAGAACAGUAUGUCCAAACCUUGAGUGCAAUCACCAGGAUUCAUUUCCCAGGUUGUUUGGGGGGUUGGGGGAGGGAGGAUGGGAAUAUCUGUAAUUAUAGAUAUUUGAAGGCAGCCAGCUGAGAGUUUACAAAACAUUUUGUGUAGCAUGAACACGGGAAUUUCAGUUUGGGCCGGGAUUUCUGGUCCUGACCAGUGGCCUGGGGUGGCCAAUUCAGGCUGCCAAGGAAGAGCCUGAUUUUUGGGGGCCCAGCCCUGUGCUGAAAAUCAGGUGCCUGGGCAGGGUCUGGGGUGGGGACCUGGGGGUGGCUUUUUCACCUGCGGAAACUCGCGGCCCCUCUCUCGCAACUUCCAGACUUAAAAUGUAACUAAACACAAAUGGUUUGGUUUUUGUUGGUUUUUUUUUUGUUUUUGUUUUUGGUUUUUUUUUUCUUCUAAAUUUUAUUGUAUUAUUGCAAUAAAUCUUUAACAGUAAUUUUUUUAAAGUUGUAUAUUUAUGACUGUUAUUUCUGUGUGAUUUGUUUUUCACCGUGCUGGGCAAAGAACACAAGAAUUUCCAGCCUUCAAAGCAUCACAGGGACCAGACCUGUUACAGUGCAAUCAGUUGUACGGCGGUGGAAUAAGCAAUACCCAUUCUAAAAAAAUACUCUUACAUAAAAUAACUGCAUCUCCAUGGGAGCAGGGGGUGGAGUCCUGCACAACACACACACACACACACACAUCCCUCUAUGUACAUGUAAACGGAUAAACCUCUUGGGUGAGCCUGGCUCGGGGCUGCUCCUGUGCUGGGGGAUGUUUCUGCAGCUGCUGGAUUCUUUCUGCAUGCAAAGGCUCCUCGUUACAGGCUCGUUUUGGGAUGCAAGAAGGUGACUUUUGAAGGAUGGAGUUAAUUGUGGUGUCAGAGCGGCAGGGAAGGCUCUGCCCACGGGCCCUGGCAGCCCAUGGGUCACAGGCUGCUGGACCAGGGGGGAGAAAUCAUCCCUCCCACUGCAUUUUUUGUGAUGUAUCAGAUGGGAAGGAGCGAUGGCCCUGCGAUUCCUGGCUGUUGGACACUCGGGAUUGGGAGCAGCCGGCACCUGGGGCUCCUGCACUCAGAGCUGGGGCAGUUCAUGGCCUCGGUCACAGCGCAGUCGGGUCAUGGCCAGCGGCAGAGCAAAGUCUGGGCCGAGCUCAGCUCGUGCAGACAAUGCUCAGGCCACUUCUGCUUAAACAGGAGCAGCAGCAGCAGCUUUUGGCCUCUGCCCACUGUGGUUUGUGGCAGGAGAGCAGCCUGAAAAUGCCCUCACCUGUCCCUACACCAGCACUGCCUGGACCAGCCAAAGGCAGGGGGGAAGGAGAAACAGCCCCAGGUGGGGCUUCAGCACCAUUUCCACCGUGCAAGAAGUGGGAGUGGAGACACAGCUUGGAUCUGUCAGUGCAGUUUUGUGCAGGUGUGAAAUCCUGGAAUGGUUUGGCUUGGAAGAGACCUUAAAGUCCAUCUCAUUCUACCCCCUGCCAUGGCAGGGACACCUUCCACUGUCCCAGGCUGCUCCAAGCCCUGUCCAACCUGGCCUUGGGCACUUCCAGGGAUCCAGGGGCAGCCACAGCUUCUCUGGGCACCCUAUGCCAGGGCCUGCCCACCCUCACAGGGCAGAAUUCCUUCCCAAUAUCCCAUCCAUCCCUGCCCUCUGGCACUGGGAGCCAUUCCCUGUGUCCUGUCCCUCCAUCUCUUGUCCCCAGUCCCUUUCCAGCUCUCCUGGAGCCCCUUCAGGCCCUGCAAGGGGCUCUGAGCUCUCCCUGGAGCCUUCUCCUCUCCAGGUGAACAUUCCCAGCUCUCCCAGCCUGACUCCAGAGCAGAGGGGUCCAGCCCUUGGAGCUUUUCCAUGGCUUUACCAACAGCUCCAGGGCACAGGAGCAGGUGCUGCAGGAAGGGACCUGGGUCCAACACAAGGAACUGAACUCUGCUGCAGCAUCCCAGGAUUUCUCCACAGGGAACAUGGCCAGCAAAGGGAAAAGCUGCUGCAGAAACAGCCAGGAUGGAGCAAGAACCCAACCACAAGGCUCAGCCACAGGCAGCUUUCUCAGUGCUGUCCAUGCCAGGAGAGCCCCAGAGCUUGAUGAGAACUGGAAGCUUAUGGACAAUGGAAAUGUUAUUACAACUUCUUCACAGGCCUAUCUGGAAAUUCAGUCCAGACACUCCAAAUGCUCUCAAAUGCAGGGAGGUCAAGCACAUGGUGCAGUCCUUCAUCCUCAGUUCUAAACACUGAACUUUGUAAAUCCAACACUGGAUUUUAUUUUUUUUUUUUUAAUUGCUUCUUAGGAAGAAAAACCAAAACCCUAACAUUCAUCAGACCUUGGCUUCUCCCUGAACCAUCCCUUAAGGAAACAGAAAUCUGCAUUUUACAACGUUACAGGAAAAAAAAAAAAAAAAAAAAAAAAGCCUGCAGGCAGGCAGCUCAGCAUGGCAACAUUCAGAACCAACCCACUUCUGGCUGCAAAAGCUUGCUCCAUGAAACAAUUUUUAACAGCAAUGCUGUGCAGGAGGGACAGUUCCGGCAGACAACGUAAUAAAUGAUGUAUAAACCUGCCCACACUCCCCAGCCAGCCUGGGGGAGGGCAGAGAUGGGGUAGGGUAGAUAGCAAGUUGUCCUCUGGAUUUACCUGCUCCAAGAACAAAAUAGCCUCAUGAUAUUAUUUUAUCCUCGUUUUUCCCCUUGUUCAACAAAAUCUCAUACCCUGUUCCAAAUAAAAUGACCUCACUGGCCCCUUAUCUAAUUACAAAAUAUUUUCCUCUGCCACUCCAUUCCAGCCUCACAGGGACUUUCCUCGCUGCUGUCAGCCUCAAGUUUUCCACAGUCUUGGGUGGGGGGUGCAGGAAAGCAGCUUCUUUUCCUUUUCCCCUAAUCAAAAUUAAGCUGAAGGCCUUUGAUGCCGAUGGCUUUGGCAAAACAACAGCUUGGAGGGUUUUGCUGCUGGUCCGGGCGCAGCCGAGGGAGCAGAUGGAAGUUUGGGUGAAGCCUGCACCCUGCUAGAGGAUGAAGUCAGGGAUUAAGGAGGGAUCCCGCUUUUCCUCUCCCUCUUCCCAGCCGAUUACAAGGCGGCCGCACCCUUCUUUCAGAUUCCUAAUUUCAUUCCUCCUGCUUGUCAUCAUGUCUGCAGUGCAGGGAGGCUGAGCAGCUCUGGGAGCGGUGGCUGACACCCGGUGGGUGGCAGGAGCAGGUGAAGGCAAAAUAUAAAACCAGCACAUCCUUUAAAGCUCCCUGAAAAGCCUGAGCUCACCAAACCCACAUUUCAGGCUGCCAGGGCUCGAUUUUCCUUCUCCCACUGUUAAAGAACAAAAGCCUUCAAAACCCUCUUUUGUCCUCCUGCCGCUCCAAAAGCAGGUGAGUCACUCCCUGUGAGCCCAGGGCAGGUGGAGGGGGGUGGCUCAGCCUGGCCCCCACAGGCAGCAGUUUUCCACACCUUGCUGAUCCAGCACCGAAGGAUAGAGAACAUGAGCCAGGCACAGGGCCACCCCAUCCCUGCCCUUUCCAGCGGCUCCCUGGGCUUGGCAGGGCAGAGGAAGGCCCGAGGUGAGCCCCAUGGGGAGGUGGCACCAGCUCAGAGAUUUUGGCUGCUCCAGCUGGAAUGGUGAGAGCCAGGAGUCCAUCCAUGCCCUGAGAAGGGGCAGAGGAACAGCAACAGCACCAAGUGGGGGACAGAAAGACGUGGCCAGGGCAAAGGCACGGCCGCCCCGCUCCGUUGGGCUCCCUGGAAAACGGCUGCUGCUCCCCUGACGGAGCUGGAUGCGGCUGCUGGACUGAACAAGGUCCAUUCCCAGGCUUCCAAACCAUCCACCCUGCGAGGGCUCUAGCGGGAGGCUGAGGUCUGGCUCACAGCACGGCAGGGCAGGAAUGGAUCCAGGGAAUUCUGCCACGGAUUCCACGCUCCGCUCCCGUUCCGAGUGCGAGGAAUCGCUGUUGAUCUGGCACAAACCUCUGCAAUUCCCCUGGAAAGCAGCGAGCCACAGCACUGGCAGGAGAGGCCAAGGGCUGCAGCACAGCAGGGCACAGCACUGCAAGGAUUCUUCUUGCAAGGGAAAACUCAAUACAGAGAGACAGGAAAGCUUCUGGCACACCACAGAGCCAAGGCAACACCACACUGAUCCUGCUGGACCCACAACUCCAUCCUUGAGCAUCCAGGGAAUGGGGCAGGUGCCCACACAAGAGCCAAGAAGCAGGAGGAGCAGAAAGUUUUUGCAAGUUUUACACACCUAGCACCAGAAUUCCCGAUGAAAGGAACCUCUGCUGCACGCAGGGCUGGCAGGAAGGAAAGGAAAAGCUGGAAUCUGUGACUCUUACAGCAGGGAGUUCUCCAAGUACUAGAGAGCUGGGGGUUUUUGUUUCUUUGUUAGCAGGAGGACAGGUUUGCUAGAGAAAGCACAUUGCACGUCUGAACUACAGCACAGCACCAAGUUUCUGCCACGUGUUUUACAGCAUUUUUAUUUUGGGGCAAAAGUCUUACAAGAGAAUGUCUGGUAAGGCAGAUCUAGAAUGCACAUUUUAUUUAUGUAAAAAAAAAAAACAAAAAAAAAAACCCAACCAGACAACAUGGGUAAGGUAGACAAGAACUUUUUUUUUUAUAUUCUGACUAUACAAUAAUAUUCCUCUUUUUUUUUUUUAAUCCACUGCCACGCUAAUAUAAUGGAUCUGCUCUAUAGUCUAAAGUUUGUUGUCCAGUUAAGUUGUCUGCAGCUUCUUUAAACAAGUUGACCUUUACCUAUUUAGAGUUUCUUCUCAGAAACAUUCAUAUAUUAUACAGGAUAUACAGAUUUUGAAACAAGACACUUAAAAACACACACACCUAUAGCCGCAACACUGGGAUAGCUGCAUUGUAGGGGUUACCUUGUUCAGCCAGCUGUAGACUCUGUAUGUACAAUUAGUUUUUAUAGUGUUAUUUACAGAGAUGGACUAAAAGCUCUCUUUUAAUCUAAAAGGUAAAGGCUCUUGUGUUUGAGUAUGUGCAGUUUCAUAGCCCUGUGGAAAAAAAAAAAAUAAUAAUCACGACAAUUAUAUACACUGUAAACAGCACAA